AUUUAUUUGAUGUUUAAUAUCUGUCCUCCUGUGCUUUGGAAUUCCGAAUGAAAGUCAACCCAAGUCAGUGAUUCCUUGUAAGCUAAGUGCUAUCCCACUUGCUAGGCUAAUAAAGACUUCUGGCUAGCCAUAACCUUCUGAUAGGAUGUCACAAACACUGUCACUGCCGAGUGGAUUGACACCAACCUGGUUCAUAGUAGGUUGUUGUCUACACCGCCUUGUUCCUGUUGGUGUUUCACUGUUCAACAGAAUAGAAGGGAGAUAAAUCAUAUCUGCAAUGCGGGCAGUGUUUAAUGUUCUGUUGAACUGAGAUUUAAACAGGAAGGUGUGUUGAUAGUUGUCGUUCUGUAAACAUAAGUAAAGGACAGUGUCUUCAGGAUAGGCUAAGAGAGCUUGUUCUAGCAAUUCUUUCUGAAGCUUUUACAAUCCUUGGAUUUAAAUUGUCUUUAUUUCAAGACAUUAAACUCUCAUCUCAUAUCAAAAGUGUUUAUUUGGAAGGCAAAAGUCUUGUCUGAAAAAGAUAACAAUCGAAAACAUGAGAGUAAAGGCCGUGUAGCCUCGAGGUUGUGCUUUGGACGGAGACACUCAGGAUAAGGACAUUUCUGGUUUUGGUUCAAGAUGUGCCGGUUUGGAUGUACGACCACUAACACGACUUACAUGUGUAAGUGGUGCGGUACGCGGUACUGCCGUGAAUGUCUCCAUGGCGAGUUCACUGGGGAGAUGAAAGAGGAGAACUGGUGUAGAGUCUGUAAUCAGCGUUGCCAGGGCAAGAAAGUUGAAUACGUGGAGGGCUACGUUCCCAAGGAGGAUAAUAAAGGCAAAAAGGGUCGGGGGUCAGCCAAGGGUCGGGCAGGAGCCAAAAAAGGAAAGAAGGGCAAAAAAGGAAAGAAAAGUGGUAAAAAGAAGAAGAAAAGGUGAAAAGGGACUCUAAAAAGUUACAGGAUUAGGACAUUGACUGAUGAUGCGGUUGGGUUAAAUAGGGGAAUCGUAGAGGAGAGGCUGGGAUGUUAUCGGGGUUAUGAUCAUAGGUGGUCAAGCCCAAGGAUAUUGGGCUGGGAAAUAGAUUUUGUCCCGUAUUCAUGUGAUAUUAAUUUAUUGAAUAAACUUAUUAUUAUACUCAUAUAAACAUUCCGAGAAUGCAUAAAUAAAUAAAAGAUCAUGUGUCCAGUAA